AUGGCAACUGCGUUGAACCCCGCAUCGUACCGAACAACGAGGUACCUCAGAGUACCGAGAGCCUUGGUGUGGUUGGGCACUCGCGGAGCCCUACGUCCUCCACCUAUCAUGCUGCGGCGGCCGGGUCUCUGUCGUCGGCCGUCUGCCUCCGGACACACGCAUCGAGCCAAGCGUCCUCAUACGACAAACGAGGACCAGCUGUCGCCCGAUCUGACGCCUCGGGAACUAAUCGCCUUGGCCCAGCCUGGAUGA